AUGACUGGAGCAAACCAGUUGAGUGCCUCUGAGUUCCUCCUCCUGUGGCUCUCCAGGGAGCCCGAGCAGCAGCAGCAGCAGCAGCUCCUCUUCAUGCUCUUCCUGAGCAUGUACCUGGCCUCAGUCCUGGGAAAUCUGCUCAUUAUCCUGGCCAUCAGCAUGGAUGCCCACCUGCACAACCCCAUGUACUUCUUCCUCAGCAACCUGUUGUUCGUGGAAAUUUGCUUCACAUCUACCACUAUCCCCAAGACGCUGGUCAACCACAUCCUUGGGAGUCAGACCAUCUCUUACCCUGGUUGUCUCACACAGAUGUAUUUUUUCAUUGCUUUUAUAAAUAUGGACCAUUGCCUCCUGGCUGUGAUGGCUUAUGACCUCUUUGUUGCUGUGUGUCACCCCUUACACUACACAACAAAGAUGACCCCUCAGCUCUGUGCCCUGAUGGUCUCUGGGUAUUGGGUCAUUGCCAACCUGCAUGCUCUCUUGUACACUCUGCUGACAGCUGGACUCUCAUUCUGUGCAUACAACAGGAUCUCCCACUUCUUCUGUGAUGUGGCUCCUCUCCUGAAACUCACCUGCUCUGAUACACACAUUAGUGAGAUGGUGAUUCUCACUGAAGGGGGUCAGAUCAUGAUCACCCCAUUGAUUUGCAUUCUGGUUUCCUACUUUUGUAUCACCUGUGAUGUUCUGAAAAUUUCAUCAGCAAAGGGUAGAUGGAAAGCCUUCUCCACCUGUGGCUCCCACCUGUCUGUGUUGUCCUUCUUCUAUGGCAUUGUCUUUGCUGUGUAUUUCAGCCUGUCAUCCACCCACUCGGCUGAGAAUGACAUUGCAGCUGCUGUGAUGUACACGGCGGUGACCCCCAUGGUGAACCCUUUCAUCUACAGCCUCAGGAACAAGGACAUGAAAGUCAGUCUCAGAAAUAUGAUGGGCAGGAAGAGAGAGUCUACUUGA